UCCUUUGGACUGGAGCAGCCAAGCCUCGGGCACCUCCCCGACAGAUGGAAGAGGAGGCCUGACUGAACCCGCUGCUCCAGGGGAAGUGUCUUGGGCAAGAGAAGUUCCAUCUUCUCCUGGAUCCUGCUCUGCUGCCACCUCACGUGGCUACAGAAUUGGAGGGAACCGUGAACAGAGCGAGGACGGGGCAACUUCCCAGGCAACGACACUAUAUCGCCAAUAUUGUGCCCAGGAUGGGAGCGGAGGGCAGAGGGGACACAGACCACGUCAUCCUCUCUUCUGCCAACACUUAGCACCCACUUUCCUGACAAAUAUUCGGCUAAAGAGAAUCACUGCAAGGUAUAAGGAAACAAAAACGAGAAAAAAAGACUUGAGGAAGAAAUAACACACCGGGAGCGGGGAGGCGGGCAGGAGCACAGGAGGGAACGAGCACUGCUGCCAAGUUAUCAGUCACCUUCUUAUGUUCCUAAGAGUGCUGCACUUCUUUUGUUUGACUAGUUUUACCUCCCAGAUUUCCCGUAACACACAUGGUCUGAUCUGUUACCUAACAGCAAGACCAGCGUCACCUCACCUGUUCUUGCCCUCUAAUGGGAAGACUGGCCUGGGACUACGUGCAGACCGACCGGCAGGCUGAGUACCUGCCCUGAACCAUCCCGAGAGAUCAGGACCCUGAUCAGACCUGGGAACCUCCAUCCACUCUUCCAGCUACUCACCGCAGCACUGACAGUCGCAAUGAAAGUUCUAGUCUAUUCCCUCCUUCUGUUGCUGCCACUAAUGCUGAUGUCGAGGGUCUCUAGCAGCCCGAAUCCAGGGGUCGCCAGAGGCCACUGGGACCAAGGCCAGGCUUCUAGGAGGUGGCUCCAGGAAGGCGGCCAAGAAUGUGAGUGCAAAGAUUUGUUCCUAAGAGCCCCUAAAAGAAAACUCAUGACAGUGCCUGGACUGCGAAAGAAGCAGUGUCCCUGUGAUCGUUUCAAGGGCAAGGUGAAGAAAACCAGACAACAAAGGCACCACAGGAAGCCAAACAAGCACUCCAGAGCCUGCCAACAAUUUCUCAAACGAUGUCAGCUAGCAAGCUUUGCUCUGCCUUUAUAGGAGCUCUGGGAGCACACACUCCCAAUUACACAUUCUCAGGCAGUGAGCACGCCUAGAGGAUACUCUUAUUCUCCCACCUCAUCCUCCCACUCCCAGUACCCACCCUCUAAAUCAUUCUAGUGCUCUCAAAAGGCAUUUUUCCCAAGAUCACUUUGAUUAUUGCUCCCUCUAGUGCCUUCUUCUCUUGUCAGUUUUCUCCUAUGCCCUCCCCUUACCUAGGCUUAAGCUUAAUUAUCUGAAAGAAUCCAGGAAACCCUAGCUUCUAGCUGGUCUCACUUAACCUUAGAUAUAAUCAGGAAAUUAACAAACCGAAGUCAAUAAAUAUAUUUAAAUGUAAUAGAUCGAAAUCGUUUCUAUCAAAUGGAUUCACAUACAAUCCAGAUGACCCAAUUUACCCUGUUCACUCCAAACCCCACCCAGGAUUCUACACAUAGUACUCCUUACAAUAUCCUUCACUCUCUCUCCACUGCCCAACUUGUUAAUCUUUCACUCAUUCAACAAACCUUUCUGAGGUAAGAGCUAUGUGGGACAAAUAAAGCAAGUAUAGCAAUGAA